GAAGAGACGAUUGUGAUCAAGAUCAGCCAACCCAAACGAAUCCGAAUGCAGCUCUGCAUAUGGAUCGAAUCGAAUUGAAGCUUUGAAUCUUGUUCCUUAGUUCUCGAUCGAGGGAUCUGCUCUCUGAUUGAACGAUAGUUGCUCGCCAAGCAUGGAGAGUGAGGAUUCUCGGUGCUUUAGGUGGUGGUGGGAGGGAGAUCAUCCGUUCAAUAAUAUCAUCCCAGGCACGAUUGGGGUUAGAAGGAGAUAGCAGUGUGAAUGAUAUUGGAUUUGUGAGAAGGUUAGCUGAAAGAGACUGUAAGGUUUUGAUGUAACUCUCCUCCUACCAAACGCUCUCCUUCUUUUGGUAUGACUAUUAGCUUCACCUGCCAUUUUUUUUGCAAUGGCCGAACAAGUAUUCAGAGAGUCUACUAUAUAUAUAUAUUUGGUUUCAGAGCUCCAUUGCUCAUCAAACCCCUGUCUGCAUCUUCUUCUUCUCUCUCAAGAUAAAUAAGCUUUUUUUUUGACGUUUGAGAAAGCUGGAGAUGGCUCAAGAAGGUAGAAACAUCGAUGAGCAGGUUGUUGUUGGAGAGCAGAAAGGCUCAGUGGAAUGGGCUAUUCUAAAGCGCACUCGUCAGCUAAAUACCACGGCUUCUGAAGAGGUCCUCAAGCUUGCAGAAGAUCUUGAAACCUGGGAGAAGGACGACAAAACAAAGCUUAUAGUGACCCAGAGUGCAGGUGAUGAUGUUCAGAUGUUUUAUGACGGCCAGUUUUCAUCCCUUAACGAUAUUUACACGAUGUAUUGGCUUUGCUAUCAUAUUCACACAUACAAGAAGACUCAGGUCGCUAUUGUUGAUGGAAUAUGUAAUUUUGGAAGUGCAUCACUGAUGUUCGCAAUGAAGUUCUCUGUUGUGACAGAGAAAAUUGAUUUUGCUACUUUAGAAGCAAGUCUUGGGUUUCACACUGAUUGUGGUUUCUCUUACAUCCAUUCACGUCUUCCUGGUCAUCUAGGAGAAUUCUUGGCUCUAACUGGGACAAGAUUGAAUGGCAAAGAACUUGUAGCAGUUGGCAUGGCAACACAUUUCGUACCUUCUGCUAAAUUGGUUGAUCUUGUGGCACGGCUUUGGAGUUUGGACUCUGGAGACAUGGAUGUAGUCCGAUCCACAAUUGAAGAGUUCUCCGAGAAAGUUGAACUCGACAAAGACAGCAUCCUUAACAAGUUGUCAAUAAUUGAUAAGUGUUGCUCAAAAGAAAGUGUGAAGCAGAUCAUACAAGAAUUUGAAGCUGAAGGGAGCAAAGAGGGAAAUGAGUGGGUAACUCCAAUCAUGGGAUUUCUAAAACAAUCAUCUCCCACAGGGUUGAAAAUAAACCUACGAUCGAUACGUGAAGGUAGGAAACAAACACUGGCUGAAUGCCUCAAGAAGGAGUUUAGGGUCUCUGUGAAUAUCUUGAGGGGCACCAUAUCCAAUGACGCGUAUGAGGGUGCAAGAGCUCUGACCAUAGACAAAGACAACCGUCCCGGGUGGAAUCCAGCGACGUUGGAUGAGGUAGAUGACGAGAAAAUCAACUUGGUGUUUCUGCCCUUGGAGGAUGAUAUUAUUGAGCUUCGUAUCCCUGAAACCGAAGAUAACAGGUGGGGAGGCAAAUACGAGACUUGAGGUUGUGCAUGAGAGUACAAGAAUAAAAGAGGAGAGAGUAUAGUGUUUGUUGUUUUCGUUCAACUGUCAAGACUUUAUGCAAAACUCCGAAAUUAUACCUAGUAUGUUGUAUUAUUUCAUAAUCUGUUGUUGCUUCAUGUUCAAACACUCUAUGCAGUGAUGGUUUAACAAGGGUUGUUAUGUCUCAAUAAAUUUCCGUUUUCAUGGUU